AUGUUCCUUUACGCCUGCGCGCGUGGUUACGAUCAGGACGACCCUGCCCAUCGCCAGCAUGCCAUCCAAUCCUGCAACUUUGACCAUGGCGACGAAUUUCUCAACAUCAUCGGCAAGCGGCUCGACAAGACACUCCGCCACUACAUGAAGAUGGCCAAGGCGCAUGGGCUCAAUGUUGACUUGUUCAAUGCGCCUGCCGAUACGUGUCAGUGGCUGGUUGACCGCAAGAGUAGCAUGGAUGUGGAGAUGACUGACCUGGAGACUAUUGAAAAGAAUCCUAUCCCAUCCGACUCCUCUAUCCGCCGAUCCUAUAGCCGUCUUGACCGCCAAAUCCGACACAAUCCAUGGCGGCGGCGUUCAAAUAGGUCCCAACAUAGCUCCGGUAGCUCCCGAGCCAGCAGCAGAGUCUCCCGCUGA